AGUGCGCCUCUUCGUAUCCGGUUCAUCCAUCCACGCUUUCCUUCCGCGGGUUUGUGAAACGAAAAGCUUACGCGAGUUUAUCUGUUCACAGAAAACAAAGCCACGAUGAGCAAAGCGCAUCCACCCGAGUUAAAGAAGUUCAUGGACAAGAAGCUGUCCUUGAAGCUGAAUGGAGGCAGACACGUGCAGGGCAUCCUGCGAGGGUUUGACCCCUUCAUGAACCUGGUGGUGGAUGACUCUGUGGAGAUGGGGCCAGGAGGUCAACAGAACGUCAUCGGCAUGGUGGUGAUCAGAGGAAACAGCAUCAUCAUGCUGGAGGCGCUGGAACGAGUAUGAGAGAGGCGGGGAGUGUGCUGUAGACGCAGAAGAGAAAGAUCCACACCGUUUUACAUUUUCUUUUCACUUUUAGUCACUUGUCUGUUUGAAAGAGAUGUCUGAACUCCACUGGCAGGCGUGUUUAUUAUCUUCUUUUUUUUAGUUUGAUUUGUGUGUUCUUGUGAAUAAAUGAGUUUCUCUUUGUA